GAGAGAGAGAGAUGUGUAUGUGGGACCACAGAGGGCUGCUUGAGUUGCUGAACAUUUUUCCCUGAUGUCAGGUAUAGACGUUUGAAAGAGCAGAGAGAGAGAGAGUCUGUCAGUCUGUUUGAUUCAGGCUCAUGCAAAGAACUUAAAACACCUCUGAUUAGUGUCCCGGUUUGGUGAGGUCACACUGCCUUUGCCCUCUGGAUAUGGGACUCAUCUGUCUGGCAGUUCAUGGGUUUGAAUGAAGGUUUGAUAACAAAGGGGCUGUAAGUAAAGAAAAAAAGAAAAGACAAAUCAGCUAGAGCCCAACAAAAAGAAUCAACAUGAACCCCAUUCCGAAAGACAUGGAGCUGCUGAGUAACAGCAUGGCUACUUAUGCCCAUAUAAAAGAAAAUAUGGAGAGCUUUGCACUGUACUUCAUGUUGGGCAUAUGUUCGGGUCUUCUCCUGGCCCUGGUCCUCCUCAUCCUCUGCAUUUCCUGCAGACCACGUUCAAAGACAAAGACACCCUCCUCACCAGACAAGAGAUGCCUUAAAAAGUUCAGCAGGGAAGAGGAAGACAAGGAGGAGGAGGAAAGUGAAGCUGGAGACGACGAGGACUUAGAAGUCCCGAUAGUCACCGUGAGCCCCAUGAGCGAUCAGAGCGAGUGGAACGGGACUAUUAAGAGCAUAAACGUCUUUACUUCAGCAGAGGAGCUGGAGAGAGCCAGAAGAUUGGAGGAGAGGGAGCGUAUCGUCAGGGAGAUCUGGCGGAACGGACAGCCGGAUAUUUUGGUGACUGGCACGGGCACGCUCGGUCGAGUUCACUAUCACUAGUGGCAUGAUUUCUCUCAUGGACAACACUUUCUUCAAUUGAAAUAGAUCUGAAAUGCCAAAGCAGGGCCGUUUCUGAUCAUUAUGUCGACCGGAGGGUUGCAUUAUGUCGCAUUAGUGCCACACUAGCUGGUGGCGCCCUAGGCGACCGCCUAGUUCACCAAUUUCUACAAAUGGCCCUGUGCCAAAGAACAUUUAACUAUGCAACAGACAUGGAUGAAAUCCUCCUUUAAAGACUCAAUUAAAUCUAAAUGGAGUUUUGUGUCAUUAAGUCCACAUAUAUUAGCUUUUUAAGCCAUUUGCGUGUUUGAACAGUGGUUCUCAACUGGUCAAAAAUGUGUUGCAGAUCUGUUCCAAUAGGGACAGGUGGGACUGGACAGUAGGCUAAACAAUGAUACAUGCAAAUAAAAUGAAACUAACAAUAUAAUGCAUAGUUAGGAUAGUAAAAAUGGCUUAUCAACUACCAAAACUGUUGGUGUUGACAUUAAUAGCCGUGUGUUCAAUCAAAUUCUACAAUAUUUUGACUCCGAUUCGUCUGUCACUUGGUAAAAUGGUUGAUAUUUAUACAGUAUCUGGCCUAGUUUGUUCUAUUGGUUAGGCUGGUAAAUCACAAUCCUACUGUUAUUUGUGCAAUUGUAAAAUUGUAAAUGUUCCAAUUCAGCCUUUGUCAUGUUAAUCAUGUUGCAUAAUGUCCAGAAGCAAAACUAGUUGAGGAACUGUUCUGGAAUACUCUUAAAAGUUGACCAAAAUUAACAUAUAUAAGAGUUAUACACAUUUAAAAUGUAGUCUUCAAGAAAACUAAAAAUAAAAUUGAUGAAUCUGCAUCACUACACUGAUUUUGUCCAAUCAAUCUCUAGAAUGAGCAUGUCCCAAAUAGCAAAUAGUAGUGUUCCAUUAUAAGGCAGAUGUGGGAAAUUCCUUCGAUAUAUCUCCGAUGUCCGACCAUAAAUGUAUUGAAUUGCCCAGUGCUCGGAAAAUUAUGCUUAAAGAAACAAAACAGUAAUACUCCUUUUAUCUUAUCAGGCGUUGGAACUGUUUACCAUAUGAGAGAGCAUAAUGGUCAAAUUGGAUCAUAUGUCUUUAAACCAAUCAUAUAAUGGUCCUGACAUCAAUUAACUGCAUUCAGAGUGUUAAGACAGUAAAUCCCCCCCAAUAGAAACCCUCACAGAAAUUCUGAUUUGAAUGGUUAAUGCUAAUUGUAUUGGUUUUAAUGGAAACUAUAAUGGUCCAGGUGGGUACUGGUAAUGUGUUGGCUUCUAUUGGAGGCAUGUCUACAAUUACAGACCAAUACAAAUGGAAACCACUAAAAUCCUAAUGGAAUAUGACCCAAAACACACUAGACUCAUAAUUGUAUUCGUAGUGGAAACCAUUUGAACUUUUAUAGUAUAGUAGCACUGAAACAUCUCCUCCAUAGAUAUGAAUUCAAAAAGAACAGCCUCUGAUCUCCUCGCCAAUGCACCGCUGUGUUACACUUAGUUUUGCUAAGCUUGUAGGCACCCCUUGGUAGGGGUUCUGGAUAAACGAUUCUAUGCAAUGCUAUAACCUGUUCUACAGGUGUAUGAUUGUGAAAGAGAUGAUAAUUGUUUUACAUGCAUAUCUCCACAAAUGUUUGCUAAACAAGUUGUUAUCAUGUAAUGUCAUCAUUUUUACUCAUUGAUGCUUUUUAUUUGCUUAAAUGUAACUAUAUUAACUUUGUACUUCUACAUGGGUGCCACCCUCACACAUCUGCAUCUCUGUGAAAUCGGAGUUCAGGAUUUCAGUGCUUGUUUUUGGAAGUCCAAUUUCGAGUUUCCGAGCAGGAGGGUGGAAAUUCCGACUUUCCAAGUUGAAUGGAACGCUUUUUUUUUGGCUGUGACAUACCUAAAGCUUAUUGGCUAUUUUUUUAUUUUUAUAAAAGGGACAUGUUCUUUAUUAUGUCUCCAAUAUAUUCUGUUUCAACAAAGUUAGGUAUAAGAAAUGUCAAUACAGGAACAUGAGGUUUAAAAAAAAAAAAGGAUUGGGUCAUUGCUUUUGUGGUUGGGUUUACAAGCACUUGCUUAUUUUUGAUGUAUCUGUAGAUACAGUUUAGCAUUUAAAAAAUGUGUUUUGUAUAAAUACGUAUUUUCUAUUCAAAUGAUUCUUCACAUAUGGAUAACUGCUUACAGCAGAACACUUAAGUCAGUCAGUGAAAAUGUGAAUAAAUGAGAAUGUGCCAGAAACGUCGAGCCGAAACUUCCAAAAGGAAGAGAUGACCUUCACUUUUCAUAACCCUGAAUGUCUCCGCUCUCACCUCCCAUUUCCUUUUUCCAUACCCCUGCUCUGACUGUUAAAGAAAAUAAAACUGUUUUCUUUUUUGUUCUUGGAAAGUGCAAUUUUGAAGGCAUCUAAACAUCCUUGAAACUUUCAGAAAGAAUCUUUGGACUGAUGAAUCGAAAGUGGAACUGUUUGGAAGACAGGGGUCCCAUUACAGAAUUCCACAAAAAGAAAAUCAUACCUACAGUCAAGCAUGGUGGUGGUAGUGUGAUGGUGUGGGGAUGCAAUAAUUGAGGGAAACAUGAAUCCUGCUCUCUACCAGAACAUCCUAAAGGAGAACGUCCGGUCAUGAUUCAGUGAGUUGAAGCUCAAGCACAACUGGGUUAUGCAGCAAGACAAUGAUCCAAAGCAUAGGAGGAAGUCCAACUCUGAAUGGUUCAAAAGAAGCUAAAUUAAAGUUUUGGUGUGGCCUAUCAAAGUCCUGACUUGAACCCGAUUGAGAUGCUGUGGCAGGACCUUAAAUGAGCAGCUCAUGCUCAAACACUCCAAUAUGGCUGAACUAAAGCAGUUCUGCAAAGAUGAGUGGGCCAAAAUGCCAACAGACUGAUCUCCAGUUUUCAAAAGCAUUUGAUGAUGCUAAAGGUGGAACAACCAGCUUUAAGUUUAUGGGGGCAGUUAGAUUUUCACAUGGGUGAUAUAGGUAUUGGAUAACUUUUUUGCUUCAAUAAAUAUAUAUAUUUUGAAUGAGUGGCAUCCAGCAACAAAUACAA